UCAUAUUAUCCAAUAAAAUUUCGACUUCAAAUACACCAAUCAAAAGGAAGGGACUGCUUUUAGGAAUAUUAAACUUCAAUUUAUUCAGACAAUGUCACACAAACAUAAUACUGUGUAUAAAAAGUGGAUCAGAUACAUAUUAUUCCCUUAUUAACUCUUAUUAAUUUUCCAUCUAUCGUUGGCCAAAUAUAUUAAUGUCCGAUACAAAACAUAAAAAAUGUGAAUGUUGUGAGGAGUAUGGAAAUGCUGUGGCUUCCGGAUUGUUUCGUAAAAAGGAAAUAGGACGUGAUAUGAAAGAACUACUCAAAACUGGUUUGAAUCGAUGUUUAACAACAUUAGAUUUAAUAGCAUAUGGAUUAGGAUCCAUGCUUGGCGGGAGUAUAUACGUACUUACAGGUGCUGUAAUGAAUAGACGAACUGGGCCUGCAGUAUUUUUGGCAUAUAUACUGGCUGGUUGCGUGGCGUUACUUAAUUCUCUAAAUUAUUCUGAAUUAGCAUGUCGUAUACCAAAGGCUGGUUCUUCAUAUUCAUACAUAUAUUUUAUCAUGGGUGAAUUUCCUGCUUUUAUAACUGGGUGGGCAAUACUACUUGAGUAUAUACUAGGUAUAUCACUUGUUGCAAGAUGUUGGAGUAGUAUGCUUGACAGUCUUGCAGACAAUCAUAUAAGUAAAUGGACAAUACACAGUGUUGGUAGAUUAUCUCAUCCAGGUGGUGUAUUAGCUGAACAUUAUGACUUUGUCGGUGUAUUGCUGAUUAUUAUAUUGUCAGCUAUAUCUUGUUGUGGAGUUCGUGGCAGUGCAAAAGUGACAGCAGUUUCAAUUUUUGUAAAUGUUGGUGUAUUAACAGUAACAUCAAUCUAUAUGUUUGUAUACAGCAAACCAGAAUAUUUAUAUAUCACUUCACCCAAUAUUACAGUAGAUAAAUUAUCGCCAAAUCCAAACUUUUUACCAUUUGGAAUACCAGGUUUGAUAGGUGGUACAGCAAUUUGUUUUAAUGUAUUCAUUGGUUUUGAUGCAAUAUCAACAUGUGCAGAAGAAGCUAAAAAUCCUAGUUACAGUCUACCUAGAGCGAAUGUUGUAGCCGUUAUAACUGUAGCAAUUUUGACCACAAUAUCUUCACUAGCACUAACUUUGUAUUACCCUUGGUUUCUUAUUAGUACCGAGAGUUCAUUUUUAAGUGCAUUAAAAGGUAAUACACUAAAUGGUGGACCAGAAAAUGUACGAACUGGAAUGUUUUAUUUUGUUGGUGUUGGAUCAUUAAUUGGGUUAAUUGCCUGUUUAAUUACUUCAUUAGUUGCUGCACCAAGAAUUAGUUAUGCUAUGGCUCAAGAUGGUCUUAUUCCGACUAUUUGUUCUCAUCUUUGUCAACCUUUCAAAACACCUGUCAUUUCAACAACAUUCGUCACAAUUAUAACAGCCUUACUAACAUUGAUUUUCAGUGUGGAUAGUUUAGCUGAUUUUAUGAGCUUAGGGACGUUAAUCGCUUACUCCAUUACUGCAAUAGCUAUUAUAUGUAUACGUUACAGAAAACAAUCUGAUAGUCCACAAAUAUUGACUGAAACUGAUCAAACAGAAACAGACAGCAGUGAAAAGGAUAAGCCUGUUAAACAAGUGGAACAUUUCAAAAAACGUAUUGAUAAACCAGGAUUUGUAAAAUAUCGUUAUGCUCGUUGUAUACCUAAUUGUAUAUUGAAGAUUUUCAAUUCCGGUUCACCUGGUGAUACAGUUGUUAUGAUCAUGGCUACUUAUAUCUUAUUAAAUGGUGUUUUAAUUAUGUGUUUGACAAUAGGAGCGAAACAUGAAUUGUGGCCAAUAUGGAGGAUUGUUUGUGUAGUGUUCAUUUUAGCAUUACUAAUAUCCUGUAUUGUAUCGAUGAGCAUUUUUAAACAAUUUGGACCACCUUACAAAGGUUUGUUUCAACUUCCCUAUGUUCCGUUCAUCCCAUGUGCAACGUUAACUAUAAACGUAUUUUUGAUCAGUGAGCUUUCAUGGGUUACCUGGAUAAGAUUUGCUAUUUGGAUAGUAAUUGGUCUGAUACUUUAUUUUGGAUUUGGAGUAAUGAACACAUAUCGGCUAUCUAAAGAUAAUGAAAGUGACAAUUCACAAACUUAUCUACAUGAUCCAGACGAUGAGAAAGAAUUCGAUAAAACUUACAUAUCUACAAACAAGGCCACAUAAGAACUCCUUUAUGAAUAGAUGGUGAUCACAAAACAGUUGGAUUCAAAUUUCUUGUAUUUUUCUUUUCACACUUGUUUAUCUUCUUAAUUCGUUUAUAUUUUACCACAAAUAUUAUGACUUCAACUGAAAUUACUCCUAUCAUCUCAUUUGUAGAAACCAAGAAAUAGUCAUCCUCAGUACUCAAUGAUGAUAAAUAAUACUUAUAGCAAGGCACUGAAUGAUACUUUGAAGUUUUGACUUAUCAAAAACCACAAUCUCUACAUUUUAUUUUACACAUACUACUAAAUUUCAUAGAACUAUGAUGGAUUGUAAAAAUUUCUUCUGCUUAUUUUUGUGAACAAAUUAUAAUUAAUGAAGAGGGAUAGAUAAACCAAAAUUAUCUGAGAUUAUGAACUAUAUUAUUUAUAUAAUCUAUAAAUAAAUAACAAAAAACUAUAAUCAGCUUCUAGUAUGUUAUAAAUUUUAUUUAUGCUGAAUCAAAUAUAUACAUGUAUAAGUCCAGAACAAUC